AGAACAAGCGAAAAGUCUGACUUAGCGCGAGCCCUUGACCUAUUCUUCUCUCUCCCUCUCUCCAGUUGAACAAAUCGAACCUUCUCUCUUUCUUUCUUCAUCCAUUACUAUAAAUAUUCACAAAAAUAAAAUAACUCACUUAAUCUUGAGAGAGAGAGAGAGAGAGAGAGAGAGAGAAUAAUGGCUAAGUUGUAUGAGACGAUGGUAACGCCGCCAGAUGUGAAUAAAAACACAGAGUGGUUCAUGUACCCUGGUGUUUGGACUACUUACAUCCUCAUCCUCUUCUUUGCUUGGCUCAUUGUGCUCUCUCUUUUUCGAUGCACACCUGGGAUCGCUUGGACCAUCGUCAAUUUAUGUCAUUUUAUCAUUACUUAUCACUUUUUCCACUGGAAGAAAGGAACACCCUUUGCUGAAGAUCAAGGGGUCUACAAUACUCUAACAUGGUGGGAACAAAUUGAUAAUGGCAAGCAACUUACUCGUAAUCGGAAAUUCUUGACUGUUGCUCCCGUAGUCCUGUUCUAUUUGGAUUUAACCCCAUCUGAUGUCCCAAUUCUGGAAAGUUUCCUUCCCAUCAUUAUGUGGAAGACAAAGAGAAGGCAGCAGUUGAUCGUCUCCAAGAAGUCCUUUUAUCUAUUCUGUUCUCAUGAAUUUCCUAGUUUGUUCUGUGCUGAUUUCAAAGGUUUUUGGUAGAUUUUAGUGAAUCUGUUUCUGUUUCUUAAGUUCUGUCAGCUGCAGACUGAAACUAAUUUGAGCAACCAAGGAACAGCUUCAAAAUUGUCCUCUGGUGAGAGAGUUCAGAAUGUAGUACAGAAUUAGACAAAUUGCUACUGGGAGUUGCUUUGAAGGUGAAAAAGAUUGUUUAAUCUCCAAGUGAAGAAAAUAAAAGCUCACAAUAUAACCACCCAUUGUCGUUUGUUUCAAUGUCCUUAGAGGGGAGAUCAUAGAUUAGAUUAGUGAGAUGAUGAUGUCGGAACUAACACUGAAGAUACUACUAUUUGCUUGCUCUGCCUUUAAAUAUUAGAAGCAUAAUCAUUUUCAGUUUCUUUUUUUUUCCGAUUCUGAACCUAAGCUGUUAAACUUCUUUUUAAAAGACAUUAAACAUAGGAUACGAUCUAA